AUCUAAAGCGGCAAAAACAUUACCAAAAAGAGAAAAAAAAAGCCAAAGAAAUAAAUAAACAAAAGCAAUUCACAUUAGCUACAAGUUGCUUAAAUCGCCUCCGGCAAGCGGAAAGGAAAUGGAAAUGUGUGUGUGCGCGUGUGUGUGUGUGCGUGUGACCAAAGACAAAUUGAAAACGUGCGACGUCGAGAACGAGCUCAAAUUUAAUGUGAGUAUCAAAACGUGCAGGCCACCAACCCCGCCCAACGCCCACCACCACACGGGACACGCGCCCGCUUGCCAGCUGACAGGACGUGCGCACAGUGGAACCAAUACCAUCCGGCGACAAUUUUUGUCACAGCGCCCAAAAACAUUUGCGAGCAUCAUAAAAACAACAACAACAACAACAGGAACAACAGGAACAGGAACAACGACAACAUUUUCAUUGCUGUCGACAAGAUUUUACGACGGUCACAUAAUAACGCGAAGCGACAAAAGCGGUAAACGCCAAACGGAGGCGCAGAAGGCGGUAGGAUGCAAAUUACUUGCCACAUGAUGUGCCAAAGCUUUUGAUUUGAUUGCAACACGCUCAGCCGGUCACCCGGUCACCCGGUCAUUCGCUCAUUCGCUCAUUUGGCCAUUUGAUCAGUUGGUCAUUUGCCCAGCCGAGGGCAGGCUUUGCGCCAGAUUGAUUGACUGCCGCAGCAAUUGGAGCGCCAGUUCGUUUGACCAGCAGCGCGUGAGACAAUGAACAAAAAGUCCUCAUUGCCGCUCGCAUCCUUUCUCACCAAGAGCAACAACAGUAGCAGCAACAGCAGCAGCAGCAGAAACAACAACAACAGCCGCCCAGGAACUGGCAACGUGGCUGGCGGCAAUUCACGUAUUGGUCGCCAGAGCGGCUCAAGCAUGUGCUUCGCAGGCGGCGCUACAAAUGGCGCCCAGGGCGCCAGCAGCUCAUCCGGCGCCGCCGGCAAUGGCAGCGGCAGCGGCAAUGGCAGCGGCAGCGGCAGCGGCAGCGGAUCCCCUUCGGCCACAGCGAAGGCGGACAAGCAACGGGAGGGCAACGGCAGCAUCAGCAGCAGCGUCUUCUGCGGUUGCCAAAAGGCGCCCAAAUCGCAUUGCGUAUCAGCGACAGGUGUUUUGCUGUUGGUACUGCUGUACACGGCGAUGGGCUCCAUAAUAUUUGUAACGCUCGAGGGCGAGCUGGAGGAUGCGACUGCACUGGAAACAGCUGUGGCCGCAUCUAAGCCAUAUCCGCGCACCGAGCUGGCCAAUGCCGAGAUACGUUCCAGAACUGUUGAUCGGCUUUGGUCAAUAACGGAGGAUCUCAAUAUACUCUACAAGGAGAACUGGACACGCCUCGCCGCCCAGGAGGUGCAAUUAUUUCAGGACACUCUGCUGCGUGCGGUGCGCCAAUCGAAGGUAUAUCAGCCCGGCGGCGUGCAAAUGAAUGCACCGACGCACAAAUGGACCUACGCCUCGGCCUUUCUCUACUCCCUCACAUUGAUUACAACGAUAGGCUACGGCGGCAUUUCGCCUCGCACCCAGUGGGGCCGCGUAGCCGCCCUCGUCUACGCCCUGUUCGGCAUACCCAUCGUGCUGCUCUACCUGUCCGCGAUGGGCGAGGCACUGUCCGCCGGCAUGCGCUGCCUGUUUCGGCGUCAACGUGCCAAGGGCAGCGUUGCCAGCGGCAGCGGCCCCACAGCCGGACCCAGCGGCAAUCGCAAAUCGGACAAGGCCAAGGGCCAGCAAUACGGUCAUUCGGCGGCCAAGCUGCACCAAUACGGCCUCCCACCCUCGGUAUAUCAGCAGCAGCAGCAGCAGCAACAACAGCAACAACAGCAACAGCAGCAACAACAGCAACAACAGCAGCAGCAGGGCAGAAAUUCCGCUUCAGAUGGCGGCGGACGCGGCUCCCCCAGUGUGCCCAUCUCGAUCUGUGUGUGCGUCCUUGUCUGCUAUGUGACCAGCGGUGCGAUACUCUUCCAUAAGCUGCAGAGCUGGAGCGUGCUGGAGUCGCUAUACUUCUGCUUCACCUCGCUGGGCACCAUCGGCUUUGGGGAGCUGGCACCCAGCGGCACCUUGACCCUGUACACGGCCUCGGCCUAUAUACUGGUGGGCAUGGCCGUGGUGGCCAUGUGCUUCAGCCUGAUCCAGACGGAGAUUGUUAUGUGGCUGCGCCGUUUCAGCGUUCAGGAUCAUGUCACGCCCAAGGCCGAGGAGCUAGCCCUCGUCUCGGUGGCUGUGACGCCCAAGCCCUCCUGACAACGACCCAGCGCUGAAUUAAUGGGCACUGGAGCUGGCACGGCUGGCGGCCAGGCGGCGAACAAUCUGGGCCAGCAUCAGACCAUGUUCUUUGGACCGGCGCACACACUGACCCAGUACAGCUCGCUGCCACGUCGCAGUCACAUGCAUGGACUCGGAGGUAUGGGCGGUGGCCAUGGCGGGGGCGGAAUGGGCCCCUCAUCAUCGGCCUUUCAGCGCAACACGCCCAUAAGACGCUCCACAGGCAUACCGGAGCACCACAUGGAGUACUUUGUGCCGCGCAGCAUUAGCGAAUUUAAUCUAUCCGGCGUUGGCGACUUGGCGCUGCCUCCGCCCCGCCGCUUCUCGCCGAACAAUAUACACGGCAUGGGCCUGCCCAUGGGCGUUGGCGUCAACAUGGGCCUCAACAUGGGCAUGGGCAUGGGCAUGGGCAUGGGCAUGGGCAUGGGCAUGCCGCACGGCCUACAGCUGGGACCGCCGCAGACGCUGCUCUGUGCCGCUGCCGCAGGCGGCGCCACGACAUCAGCAGCGCCCCCACCGCCACCACCCGCCCAGCUGCAGAUCAUGACACUGAAGCCGCGCAGCGAGAAAAUGGUCACAUUCGAGGAUGAGUCGAAGUCUGCCGCCGCCGCCGCCGCUGCCGCCGCUGCUGCAGCUGCAGCCACACACUGUCCGCACGGUGUGCCGACCACGCCGCGCAAGUCGAGCGGCGCCACCACGUCGGACAUGUUCAUGUGACCAACUAGCUGACCAGCGGCCGGCACAGAGGACGCCGAGCUGAACGCAGCGCUGCGACUGCGCGACAGCAUCGAGAACGAGCUCUGCCCCAAGCAGGCGCCGGGCGAGGUAAUCCGCGUCUAAGUUCUCCCCAUACAGUUGAGUUUUGGUCGACUAACUGGCUCACACUCACACUGUAAGUAUUAUAUAUGCACACCAAAAGGGCGUGGCUAGUGGGCGUUCGCUGCAAAUUGGCAGCCAGUGCGUGCUAAUUAGCUGAGCUGAGCUGAGCUGAGCUGAGCUGAGCAGGU